CUCAUCCGGUAGCUCUAGAGCCGUCCAGCCUCAGCGUCUGCUCUGCGGCCAUUUUGGACUUCGCUUCCACCCUCACCCUCCCGUCUACCCAGCCUUCCCUGCCCGCGCUGUUCCGGGCCUUAUAACGCUCGGUAUCUGGGAAAGUGGCCGCCGCGGGAGGGCUCCUGUAAAUGCUGGAGAAGUCUCGCGCGGACUAGGACGCCUCCUCCUCUGCCAGGAUGGCUCUCACCUCCGCCGCCGCCUCCUGUGCUAACCUCUGGAUUUUGUGGUCUGCCGCUCACUGCCGACGCUGCUGCCGUGUGUGGCUGUCCUGCAGGCGCAGGGACCUUCCUGGAACACCGACUCCGCCGCCGGGCAAGGCCAAGACUGUGUAGGCCUCCCUCUCCGAGUGCCGUCAGACCAGCCCGAGAGACUGCUGAGAAGCCGGAGAUGGAGCCGUGGACGCAGGGCUCUCGGCAAGGCGCCGCCCCUCGGGCGGGCCCCUGGUUCCGGCCGCCUUUUUUCUUCCCUGGGCGAUCGCGAGCGGGUGCCUCCCAGUUCCCGACGCCUCCUGUCCCGGAGAACAGUGGGGGCCCCACACGGCUUGCUUCUGCCCAGCCUGGGGCUCGGACCAACUCCUGGACCAAGUUGCUUUCCCAGCUCCUCGCCCCGCUCCCCAGCUUGCUCCAGAAGCUGCUGAUGUGGGGCCAGCUUUUCGGUGGCUUGAUUCCGACCAGUUGGCUCGAUUUCGUUGGCGGCUACAGCAUCCUGAGAGCCUUGAGGGGCCGAGAGGAAGUAGCCGCCCCCACUGUGCAGAAAAAGUCCGAGAGUUUGUUGCGACUGGACCUUUCAGACGGCUCAGUCACCAGCCCCUUUGAUUGGCUAGAGGAGGGGAUCCCCUGGCAGUGUGCGUCCUCUGACCUAGGGUUGGGGCUCAAAGCCAAGAGAAGGGCUUUGGACCCCUCAGCCCAUGCUUUUUUCCUAGAGGAGCAGCUGUGGAGCGUGGAGCUGUCGCCCAGUGGCCUUCAAGCCCGUCUGUUCAGUGACGGAGAAGUUGGCUCUUCUCCCUCUGGCCCCCUAAACGUUCAGCGCUUAGGCAGUUUCAGUGUAGUCUCCUAUUUGCUGCACCCCUCCCACCUGGAUUGCCUUGGGGGGCUAGAGCUCAGCUGUCAGGAUGGCACUGAAGGGAGCGAGCUAGUUGGUUUCCAGACCCUAACCCCAGAGAGCAGCUGCCUUUCUAAGGACUGCUGUCAUCCAGAGCCUCUGUCUGCAGAAAUCUCUGCGCCCUCGUGGCAGGGAUAUCCACCUCUUUCCAGGGAAGGCCUCCCCGAAAUCCACCAUGUUCGUAUGAAACGGCUGGAAUUCCUUCAGCAGACUGGCAAGGGGCAAGAAUUACCCACGCCGGACCAAGACAAUGGCUACCACAGCCUGGAGGAGGAGCACUGUCUUCUCCGGGUGGAUGUGAAACACCGCCCAGGUACUCCAACACAAUCUGUUCCCCUGGCUGGAGCAGCCUCUGGAAACAACCAGGAGCCCGGGGAGGAAAAAAUAUUGACGGAGGAGGUCCCGCUUGCCCUGGAAAGACAAGGCCCUUCGGGAAGCUUGCCAUCUGUUGAGGUACCUGUGGAGGAAGAACCUGGGGAGGACGGAGCCAGUGUGGUCGACUCCUCUGACAUAGAAGAUGACCUUCCCCUUGCUGCCAGACCGGCUUGUGCUAACAAAUUAAUAGAUUUCAUUUUGGGAGGUGCAUCCAGUGAGCUGGAGUCAAGUUCUGAUUCUGAAGGUGAAGGUUGGGACGAGGAAGCUGAGGAUGACGGUUUUGAUAGUGAGGGCUCACUGUCAGAAUCAGACCCUGAACGAGACGAGGAAGGACUUCACCUUUGGAAUUCUUUCCACAGUGUAGAUCCUUAUAAUCCCCAAAACUUCACAGCAGCAAUUCAGACUGCUCCCAGAAUUGUUCCUGGAGAACCUUCUGAUGCAGGCAAGGAUUUGUCUGACAAGUCUGAUCUAGAGAAUUCUCCCCAGGCUGGAAUCUUUCCUCAGACCCCUGACUGGGAUUCUGAGGAGGAAGGUAACUGGGAAUCCAGUGCUGAUGAGGCAGAGAAUCUCAAGCUGUGGAACUCUUUCUCUAAUUCUGAUGAUCCGUACAACCUUUUAAAUUUUACGGCUCCCUUUCAAACAUCAGGAAAAGAUUUGAAAGACAGUCUUGACUCAAAAAAACCAGCUGAGUCCUUGGUGGCCAUUUCUGAGUGUCACAGCUUCCUUUCUUAUAAAGUGCCACUGUUAGGGCACCAAGGAGGUGAAAGUACAGACUUGUUACAGCAGGAGAUUGUCUCUGUGGAAAAGCACACGCCUAUCAAAGGAAAAAAGGUAACCUUCCUUGAAGAAGUUACUGAGUAUUAUGUAAGUGGUGAUGAGGAUCGCAAAGGACCAUGGGAAGAAUUUGCAAGGGAUGCAUGCAGGUUCCGGAAACGAAUUCAAGAAACAGAAGAUGCUAUUGGCUAUUGCUUGACAUUUGAGCACAGAGAAAGAAUGUUUAAUAGACUCCAGGAAACAUGCUUCAAGAACUUAAAUGUUUUCCAGCAAUGUUGAAUUGACAGCCUGUCGUCCUACCAUACAUUACCUCUUUCUUGAGAGGUUUCUUUUAAAAAUGAAUAUUGGCAGCUGUCCUUUGACUUUUGUUUUUUAGAGGAAAUUUAGCCUGAAUCCAAUGAUCUAUCUAGUUUAGUAUUUUUUUGGUAACAUAUCCCACAUAGAAACUACAGGUUUGAAGCCAGCCCUGACAAUGAAGGAUGUGACUUUUAAUCUUUUUUGAUUUAGUUAGAUGUGUUUUUCAAUGUCCUUUCUUUGCUUGAGAUGAGAAGGGGACCUUUUGAGUUGUUAAUUUUGCACUUUCAAAACUUGUUUUCUUGGGAACAAUAUUUAUAGGGCUUAAGGCCCAUUUUCAGUUACAAUUUAAAUUAUGUAUAUAUGUGUAAAAAUUUUGCCCCCCCAAUAUUCUGCGAUUAGUGAGCUUUUGUUUUUCUGUAUUUUUUUUUUUUAUUUCAGUGAUUUAGCCUGUCUACCUUUAAGUUAAAAAUAUAGUCGUGUAUAUGUUGCCAACUUAAAGUAUAUUGUGUCACUUCUUAAGAUUUUUGUUGAAAGUGUAUGGUGAAUUUCUUUUUCUACAUUAAGUUGUACUUAGAUUUCCAAGGACUGUCACGACAUACACAUGUACAGUGCUUUCUGGGAGUUUAGGGAGGCUGCAUCUUUCUGCCAAAUUUUAAAUAUCAAAUAUAUUUGAUUUCUGUGGAGACUGCUUUGGAGAGGGUUCUGAACAUACCAUUGUAGUUCCUGAGUGAAUGUCGCUUUUUGUAUCUCUCAAUGGGCAGAAAUUUUAAAACACUCUAGAAAAAGUAAUAAUUGUAUCAUAGGCAUUUGUUUUUUAAACUGAAAAGCCUAGAACUUUCCUAAGAGGAAGAUAGGAGACACGCCAGAGUAGUUUGGUUUUGUUGUAUAUGCACAACAGAAAACCAGUGUUAUUAAUGUGCCUCAGCACUGUCACUUUUAAAACCUGUCAGGGUGACACUGUCAACUUGGAAGUGGGCAGUUCUGGGUUUUCAAGUUUGAAGUGUAAAAUACUAAUUACAGUCAAUGUCCAGGUUUAUUGCGCUCUAUUUUAACAAUGAGAGCAGGAAGGACAAGGUUAAUACUUUCAGGAAAGGGAAAUCUGCAGAUUUAACAACUAGAAAGUCUUGAUGUCUUGAAGUCUUAGCAUUGACUGGUUGUGCUUGGUUUGCAUAGUUAGACUUCACAUGACGUGUAACUGUCAGGUCGAGGAAAUGUCAGCCAUCCCUUGAAUGGUCUGUUUUUCCUCCCUGUGCCUCUUGCCACAGGCAGUGGAAAGCGUAGCGUACAUGACCACUUAGCUUUGAACUUAGGUCAGUGUGAGGAUGCAGGUUUCAUCAGAUGUGCUGGCAGGUUACUACCUCAGUUUAUAAUCUACCUGGUCUUUAUCUUACCUGGUCUGCUCUAAGAGCCACCUCCAGUGUUGGGUGCAUUCAUUGCUACACACACUAAGAGUGCAGCACCGUAACAAAUUGGUCAGAUUUUUGCAGAGCCUUUAUUUUGUGUUUUGUCCACCUCCACUUCAGGCCUCUUAAGAGACUGCGCUUCCAGAGUGUUGUUUUAUACCGUGGAAACAGUCUGGCUCCCACCUCCAGCUGUAUCUGUUGGAAAGCAGCACCAUUUGCCUUGCAGAAAGCUGUGGGACCGACUGUUCAGAUGCAUUCUUUUCAAGCUAGCCGGAAGCAUACUGUUUUGUUUCAGAGACUUGGCUUGUGUUUUGUGUUUCUGAAAUCCAGCACUUCUGCAUAUUGGAAAAUAGUGGAACAUCUUCAUAGUCAUUGGACUUGGGAAAAUUGUUCCCUUGGGACCUCACAACCUAAUGAGUAAAAUCUUCCUUAGGAAUUCUCCCCUGAAUCACCCUGCUGUGGAAGCGAUCAGACUCAUGAGGAGGACAGGGGUUUCUUACAAUUGGUCUGGAGGGAAGAAAGGUUGAUGUCGCUGUCAUCCCGACUGUGAAUGUCCAAGUGACACCUACCCUUAGCCUGCAGCCCCUGCCAAUCUUUAAAGGCAGAUCCUGGGAGGUUUUAAGUAAACACUUUACACAGUGUAGUCUUGUAAUGGUGCUGUCCUGUCAGUGUAGCGUGGGAAAGGGGAGUGUGCAGACAGGUGGAAUCGCAUUUCCGAGUGAUGAAAUGUGAUGACGCCUCCUCCUCUGUAACUUGAAAUCAAAACUAUCAGAUUUUAUUUUUUAUAAUUUAAAGAAGGUAAAGUUAGGGGACUAGAAACUUUAAAUUGGCCUCUUCAAACCAGUUUGUUGGGAUUUUAUAGCUAAAAUUCUAUUUGUGUAUAUAAUGUAACUAAUCUGUAAAUUGUAAUAAAUAUAUUUGCAAUUAUUAAAUGUUACAUGA